GAUCUGCUCGUUCCAUCCAUGGCGCAUCAGCUUCGGCGAUCCAAGCGACUGGUGGCCGUCGGUCCCAGCGCUCGCAGCAUCUUCCAUAUCCCGCUCCCCACCGCCAUCUCCCCCACCGUUUCCGCCCUUUCCGCCGGUUCCGCCAUUCCCCCCAUUCCCGCCAUUCCCGCCGUUCCGCCCCAUGUUCUCCGCACCUUUCGCCGGUUCGUGCGCGAUCUUUGCCACGUGGAAGGUAGUGGGCAGGCCAGGUUGAUCCAACCCGUCCAAUGGGGUGCCGACAGGUGUCACGCUACGAUUACGCCGCCCUCCGCUGCCUUUGCUCCCUUCCGCCUAUUUCUCCGCGCUUCCCGUGCGCCUGAGGCUAGCAAGCGCAGUUUCUCCGCCGCCACUUCCCCCCCGAUCCCGCCGAACUCCGCCCCGCGCGCUGGUGGCAGCGCUGGGGGAAGCAAUGGAGCAAGCACUGGCGGAAGCGCUAGCGGAGCGGGCGCGCGGAAGGGCGGGCGGGGAUUGCUGGGCGUGACUGUAGCGGCUGCCGCUAUAGCGGGGGCUGCGGGAGGCGCUUAUUAUUGGUGGGAGACGGAAGCCGCGAGAUUUGGACCCGGCCCCGUUAUAGUCACACCGGAUACAAGAACAGGGUUGGGGGAAGAAGCCAAAAAGUCGAUUCCUGCAGGAGAUUUGGGUACUGGGGGAUCGACCGUUGGAGGUGUGACGCAACGGGAGGUGGCUUGUAACGAGGAUGUGGAGAAAGCAAGUAAGGGGGAGACUGGAGAGGGUUAUAAAGGGGAUGAGGUGGAGGUGCGGAAGGGAGAGGGGGAAGUGAAUGGGGGGGAGCAAGUGGGCGUGGAUGGGGGGGGACAGAGCGAAGGGGGACAGACAGAAGGAGCGAAGGUGAUUGGGGAGGGAGAGGUGGAGGAGAGGGGAGAAGGGGAGGGGAGGGGAGAAGAUAGGGGGGAAGGGGAAGGGAGAGUGAAAGCGGAGGGAGUGAGGGAGGAAGAGGAGGACGGAGGAAAGAAGGAUGAGAAGAAAAAGAAGAAGGAUAAGGAAGGGAGGAGGGAGAAAAUAGGGAGAGAGGGCGAGAAGAAAAAGGAGGGAGAGGAGAAUGAGACGAGUGGCGAGGAGGGGGAGGACGAUGAUGAGGACAAGAGAAGGAAGGAGGAGAAGAAACGACUAAAGAAAUUAAAGAAAGAGCAGGAGAAGGAAGAAAAGAAGAGGAAGAAGGAAGAGAAGAAGAGGAGGGGAGGGGGAGAGAAGGAGAUGAAAGGCAGGGAGGGGGAGGAGGAGGAGAGGGGGGGAGCGGAGGAGGGGAAGGGGAAGGAGACGGAGGAAGGUUGGAAUAUUAACGAGGCAGUGAAAGACAUCGAGGGUUCUAGAGAGGUGCAGGGAGCAGCUGACGUGGCCGCUGACGUGGUGGCUGAUGUGGCUGCAGACGGGGCAGCAAGUGUGGCAGCAGCGAUCGUCAAGGUUGCGUCGGCAGCAAGGAAGGACGAGGCUGAGAGAGGGAGGAGGGAUAUGGAGCGACAGCUGGCAGCGAUGCAGAGUGUCCACGUGGCAGAACAGGACUCGCUGGCAGCUGCAGUGCGGGAAAGGGAGAAGGAGGGGGAGGCGGAGAGGGAGGGGAUCGAGAAGCAGAGGGAGGAGAUGGGGAGAGAGAUGGAGGAGUGGGAAGAGGGGGAAGCGAGACGGGAGGAGAAGGAACGAGAGGAGAAGGCCAUAGCCACCCUGCAAGCAGUGCUGAAAGAACAGCUGGCAGCAGGGGAGGCAGCAGCAGCAGAGGAGAAGGCGGCAGGAGAAGCACACCGAGAGCAGACCGAGCUGCUGAAAGAGGAGCUCUCGGCUCUGAAAGACACCUUCUUUGCACGCUCCCAGGAGGACAGGUUGUCAUGGCACGUGCAUCGAGUGGCUCUGGCCGCUAUCUCUCUCCAAGAAGCAGCUGAGGGCAAUCAACCCUUGCAACCAAUCCUCUCCUCCCUCCUCCACCACCCCUCGUCCCUCACACGCCCCUCACAAAUACAAUCCCAACCCCAAUCAAAACCGCAAAUGCGGUCACGACCACAAGCACAAUCAGGAUUGCAGCAAUCCCCAGAUCCUCUCCUCUCCUCUCUCCUGCCACCUGGCGACGAUCCAUUGGUCAUCGCGGUCGCUGCCUCCCUGCCCCCGUCUGCGCUGGCCAAUGGCGUGCUGACACGGCAGCAGCUGCAGGAGAGGCUCGAGGGGAUGCGGGCGAGGGUGUGCCAGCUGGCAAUGCUGCCCCUGACCAAUGGGGGAGAGAGAGAGGGCGUCGAAGAGGGGAAGGGAGGAGGAGGAGGAGGAGAAAGGGUGGAGCCCGGUCUACUGUCUCAGGCUGUGGCGGCGGUAGCAGUAGCUCUUAAGUUCUCAGAGCCAAGCAGCGGAGGGCAGGCCACAACCCCGGAACAGGCCGUUUCAGAAGCCGCUUCUCUGCUGAUGGAGGGGCGACUGGGGGAAGCAGCAGGGGCGCUGGAGAGGGGGUUUGGGGGAACACGGGCGGAGGGGGUGGUGGGGCAGUGGGGGGAGGAGGUGAGGGCGCGAGAGGCAGUGGAGCAGGCGGUUAGGAUGUUGCAGGCGCAUGCCGGGUGCAUGGCAGCAGAGCUGCGCCGGUGACAGUGCGGUUCAGUGCGGUUCUGCACGGUAGUGGCAGGGGAGGGAGCAAUGUGGGCCAGUGGGGGGCGGAGGUGAGGGCGAGAGAGGCAGAGGAGCAGGCUGUUAAGACGUUGCAGGCGCAUGCAGGGUGCAUGGCAGCAGAGCUGCGCCGGUGACAUUGGUGUGGGGCUCAGUGCGGUUCUGAGUGGUAAUGUCGGAGGGAGUGGUAGGGCUGUGUGGCCAGUGGGGGGAGGAGGUGAGGACGCGAGAGGCGGUGGAGCAGGUGGUUAGGAUGUUGCAGGCGACUUUUGAGGUGCCUCAAAAGGCGCAUGCCGGGUGCAUGGCAGCAGAGCUGCGCCGGUGACACUGGCAUUGCUGUGUGUGGUUGAGUGCGGUUCUGAGUGGUAGUGCUGAAGGAGAGGGGUGGGGUGGUGGGGGGAGGAGGUGAGGGCAAGGGUGGCAGCGGAGCUGGCGGUUGUGCAUGGCAUGGCAUGGCAAUAGAGCUGCACAGGGGAAUGCAGUGCAGUUGAGUGUAGCCUGGGGUGGGGUGUGCAUGUGUUUCAACUACUUGUUAUGUGGAACAAACCGUUCUUUUAUGCCAGUACAUAUCUGGUCUGCUUGUUAAAAGGCUAGCUUAGCUAGGAAGCUAGGAGAGGCAUGAGGUUUAGCUAGGAGGAGCCAUGGAGUGGCGUGAGGUUUAGGAAGGAGAAAAGUUGAGGAGAGAAAAGGGGGCUGGAAUAGAAAGAGAGGCAUACAAGGAGGGGAUUGUACCCUCUACAGUAAAGUUCGGUAACCUACCAAGCCUAACAAUUAUAUAACUCAAUAUAUAAAUUUAACACAC